GCGCGGACCAAUGGUGGCGUCUAGCCUCCGCCGGAUAUCCACAGUUGAGAAGACGGGAGCGGGCCAGAUGGGGGUAAUCAGGGAAGAGAGGCGGCAGCGCAGCCGAUCAGGGAUAGAAAAUAAUCCCAGGAAGCUGGACAUUUGGGAGGCAUAGCAUAUUUACCAUCCUCUACUUGGAAUACACGUUAUGAACCCUUUCUGGAGCAUGUCUACAAGUUCUACACGCAAGAGACCUGAAACGGAAGAAAAAGCUCUUGCUGGUGAGCUGAAGAACAGUCCUCCACGCACCGCUCCGAAAAAGCAGCUGCCUUCUAUUCCCAAAAAUGCCGUGCCAAUGACCAAACCUGCUUCUCCUGCCCUUUCAGCCCAGUCUACAAAUGGAACCCAUGCGUCCUAUGGGCCUUUCUACUUAGAGUACUCCCUCCUGGCAGAAUUUACCUUGGUUGUGAAGCAGAAGCUGCCAGGAGUCUAUGUGCAACCUUCUUACCAAUCAGCAUUAAUGUGGUUUGGAGUAAUAUUCAUAAGGCACGGGCUGUACCAGGAUGGUGUGUUUAAAUUUACGGUCUACAUCCCUGACAACUAUCCGGAUGGCGACUGCCCACGCCUGGUUUUUGACCUGCCCAUCUUCCACCCACUAGUAGAUCCCGAAUCAGGUGAACUGGAUGUGAAACGAGCAUUUGCCAAGUGGAGGCGAAACCAUAAUCACAUAUGGCAAAUAUUGAUGUACGCUCGCAGAGUCUUCUACAAGAUCGACACAACCAAUCCUCUGAAUCCCGAGGCUGCUGUUUUAUAUGAAAAGGAUAUUCAGCUAUUCAAGAGCAAGGUGGUUGACAGUGUCAAAUUAUGCAGCAGUCACUUAUUUGAUCCGCCCAAAAUAGAGGAUCCCUAUGCAAUUAGCUUUUCUCCCUGGAAUCCAGCUGUACAUGAUGAAGCUAGAGAGAAGAUGUUGACUCAGAAGAAGGCAGAGGAUCAACAGUGUAAAAGCAUGCAAGUGUCUGGGCUGUCAUGGGUGAAGCCUGGUUCCGUUCAGCCUUUCAGCAAAGAGGAAAAGACUCUGCCCACUUAGCUCCUGUGAACGAUGAAGCACUCAACACUUUCUGCAAGAGGGAAUGUAACAGAGCCCAACAGCAAUGCAGGUGGUUUUCCUUCUUGACUUUGGAUUAGUAAAGAGUAAAUGCUAGCAAUGACUCAAGUUAAACCUGCUCAGUGGGAUUGCUUGGACUCUUCUUGAUAUUUUACACGUGCAUUUUAACUGCAGCCUGCAGGUUGGAAAUAGUUCUUAACAAGGCUGGACUCUUGCUAGCGAAGUCCACUGUGGGUGGGUAAUGCCUCAGGGUUCUAAGAUGGCCUGAGGUUCUUUACUGGGUUACUUUUAAAGCUUUUUUUUAAUGUAAAGAGCAGGCAGGAAAAACUCGUUCCAGAGGUAAUCUGUGUUUAUGUAAACUAAUAUAGCAGAGUAAAAUACUAUAUUUAAAACUUUUAAAUGCAUUGGUUUCUAUUGUAAAUACAUUAGGAUAUGGAAUUUGUAAAUAGUUGGUUCUGAUCCCUUCUAGCCCUUUUAGGGGCAGAAAGGCUGAGAUUGGCAUGUAUGAUGAUGUGUAUCUAAUUUUUCCCUCCCCCAAUAGAGGUUGUCGCUACAGGCUGCUCCUAAUAUAACUUACUGCACAAUCUUGAGACCUACAACCCAAUUGCCUGCAAGUAUCAUAUAGGAGAAAAAAUAAACUGACUUUUUUUCAUUGCGAAGACGCACAACUGGCAAAUCACAACAGAUUGUCAGGAGAAUACAUAUGUAACCCUCCAUGAUGUUGUACGCAUCUUAACCCAGGGACCUUAAGAUGUGUCAAAGUAAAAUUAGAGGCAGCCUUACAUAGCACAUUAGUCAGGAAAGCCGGGCCAUUUUACCAGUAGAACAAAAAAGCAAAGCUCUUAAUGGUGUACAGUUCUUGCUUGAAUAAAAUCUUGAAGAUGACCCUGGUAGGCUGCAGCAGUGAUCACGCUAGAGAACGCCAUGGCUAAUGUGUUUGUAGUGGCGUCUUAAAAAAUAAAUAAAAGACCAAUCAUGGUAAAACA